GCGGCCGCGUCCGGGCGUCCCGGGCUCCGCGGCGCUCCCGCCACCGCGCUAUGGCCGCCGCCGGCCGCCGCGACGUGCCCGAGCCGCCCGACUUCGGCAUCCUGAAGCGACUGGCGCGGGACCAGCUCAUCUAUCUGCUGGAGCAGCUCCCUGGCAAGAAGGACCUGUUCAUCGAGGCCGACCUGAUGAGCCCCCUGGACCGCAUCGCCAACGUCUCCAUCCUGAAGCAACAUGAGGUGGACAAGCUGUACAAGGUGGAGACGCGGCCAGCGCCCAGCACCAGCGACCAGUUCUGCUUCCUCGUCCGGCCGCGGAUCAGGACGAUGAGGUACAUCGCUGAUAUUGUCAAUGCUGACAAGAUGUCAGGGAGGAGCAGGAAGUACAAGAUUAUCUUCAGCCCCCAAAAGUUUUAUGCUUGUGAGAUGGUGCUGGAGGAAGAGGGCGUCUUUGGUGAUGUCACCUGUGACGAAUGGUCCUUCUACCUGCUCCCUCUGGACGAGGACAUCAUCAGCAUGGAGCUGCCUGAGUUCUUCCGUGACUACUUCUUGGAGGGAGAUCACCGAUGGAUCAACCCUGUUGCUCGAGCUCUGCAGUUACUGAACUCCCUGUAUGGGCCUUUUGGCAGGGCCUAUGGCAUCGGCAGGUGUGCCAAGAUGAGCUACGAACUGUGGCGGGAUCUGGAGGAGGAGAGCGAAGGUGAGAGCCAGGGCAGGAAGCCUGAGAUUGGCAACCUCUUCUUCAUGGACCGAGACACAGACUAUGUGACGGCGCUGUGCUCCCAGGUGGUGUACGAGGGGCUGGUGGACGACACCUUCCGCAUCAAGUGCGGGAGCGUGGAUUUUGGGCCAGACGUCACCUCCUCUGACAAGAGUAUUAAGGUGCUGCUCAACGCCCAGGACAAAGUCUUCAGCCAGAUACGGAACGAGCACUUCUCCAGCGUGUUCGGCUUCCUGAGCCAGAAGUCGCGUAACCUUCAGGCGCAGUAUGAUCGGCGCCGCGGCAUGGACAUCAAGCAGAUGAAGAACUUUGUCUCCCAGGAACUGAAGGGACUAAAGCAGGAGCAUCGCCUGCUGAGCCUGCAUAUUGGUGCCUGUGAGUCCAUCAUGAAAAAGAAAACCAAGCAGGACUUCCAGGAGAUGAUCAAGACUGAACACUCUCUGCUGGAAGGCUUCGACAUCCGGGAGAGCACCAGCUUCAUUGAGGAGCACAUUGAUCGGCAGGUGUCCCCCAUCGAGAGCCUGCGCCUGAUGUGCCUCCUGUCCAUCACCGAGAGCGGUCUCAUCCCCAAGGACUACCGCUCCCUGAAAACCCAGUACCUGCAGAGCUAUGGGCCCGAGCACUUGCUGACCUUCCACAACCUCAAGCGCAUCGGGCUGCUGACUGAGCAGUCGGCCGGAGAGACCCUGACUGCCAUGGAGAGCAAAGUCAGCAAGCUGGUGACAGAUCGUGCUGCAGGAAAGAUCACAGAUGCAUUUAAUUCUUUGGCAAGGAAGAGCAAUUUUCGAGCCAUAAGCAAGAAGCUGGGUUUGAUCCCAAGGGUGGAUGGGGAGUACGACCUGAAAAUGCCUCGGGACAUGGCUUAUGUGUUCAGCGGGGCCUACGUGCCCCUGAGCUGCAAGAUCAUCGAGCAGGUGCUGGAGCGCCGGGGCUGGCUGGGCCUGGAGGAGGUGGUGCGGCUGCUCAACGGCAAUGAGUUUGCUGUGUCAGACAGCACCGUGGAGGACAACCCCUCCUGGGAGUCACAGCGUGUCAUCCUGGCCGUGUUCCUGGGGGGCUGCACCUUCUCCGAGAUCGCUGCACUGCGGUUCCUGGGGAAGGAGAGAGGCUGCAAGUUCAUCUUCCUGACCACGGCCAUCACCAACAGUGCCCGCAUGAUGGAGGCCAUGAUCGAGGCCAAGACCUGAGCCGCGGCGGGGCGGGGGGCUCAGGCGCCCCCCCGCGCCAAUAAAGCUGUGUCCUGGCGCGGA